GCCUGUCUACGCCAUGUGUCAACACCACAGCGGACCAUGGGCGACGUGGAGCUGCGCAUUGGCGACGACGCCCAAGAGACCCAGGUCGACGUGCUCACAUACGAGGAGUGGGGUGCGCCGCACCUCACGUACGACGAGUACCUCGACCGCGAAGACCAGUUUCGUGCGACGGCGUUCGCGCAAGACGCGGUGACCGACUAUGUCCUGGUGCCCACGUCGGACCCGGGCACGCUGGACCUGCGCGGGUACCUCGAGGUCUUCAAACGGCCGGUCGUGCUUCGCCCAUGGAACAAAUCGGCCGGUCUCGUCUACCUCGAUGGCUGGAGCGUCGCGUCCGUGUUUACGCCGGCGCGUCACCGCAAGCAGGGCUAUGCCUCCGCGAUGCUCGCCGCGUUCCUUCAAAAGAAGAAGGACGAAGAGGACCAGUACACCGUGGUGAACCUCUACUCGGACAUUGGCACGGGCUUCUACGCCACCAGAGGCUAUGUGCUCGCGCCCUCGUUGGCUAUCUCGCUGCCAACGAGUACGACGCCGUCGCGAGCGGAGUUGCCUCGGACGUGGACGCUUCGUCUGCUGGAGUCCCACGCCGACCUCGAAGCCAUUGCUGCGCAUGACCGAGAGCGAUUGGCCGCCAGUCUGGCGCCCGGCGAACUCGCUUUUCUGCUCUCGGCGGAUGCGAUAACGUUCUUCCACGUGCAGCACGCAUACUUUGCGCGCAAGCACUUGACGCUACCGACGCUGCCGACAACGUAUGGUGUUGUGCUCGAGGCCGCCGGAUCCAUUCUCGGGUAUCUUGUGUGGGCCCACAACUUUGAAGAAAACGCGCUCGACAUUCUCAAAUACGCGGGGUCGCAGCCCGACGUGUUUGCUGCGUGCCUCGCGACGCUGCAUGAAGAGGCCGCGCAAUGGGGCCUCGCCAACAUUGUCUUGUGGCCCACGGACGAGAUGGCGCUGCCCACGGACGUUCGCGCGACGGCGACGCCCCGAGACGACUCGCUCUCGAUGGUGCUCGUUCGCAGUAGUGAAGAAGAAGACGCGCCGUAUACGUGGGUCGCGAAUGAAAAGUACUUGUAUGCAUAAUGGAAUUGGUCGUACGAG